GAAGCGCGAGAGUCGGAGUGGAGACCUUCCGUUGCAGCAUCUCGUCGCCAUGGGAGACGGAGAAGAACUGGAGCCAGUUGGAGGAUGUAGCAGAGAAGGGGGCGGAGCUUAUUUUGGCCUCACUCCGUCCACUGGGUAGCCUAUAAUCUUUCUUGUCCUCGUCAAUCGCAAAGUACCCGGAUGGCGGAGGCCUGCGGGGCAAGGAAAGGCGGUUGGGUAGCCGGGCUUUGAUUGAGGAGCGCGGAAAUAUCACUCCAGUUCACCCGGGAGGCAACGAAGAGGAGCAGCUUCGGUGGCGACAAAUAUCGCCGCCAUUUUUCAUCGGCGAAUAGACCAACAGCCUUGCCACGGCUGCCUGCCAAGCAGACCCGGUUUCAAGAGCCAGAGGGAUGGUUGUAGUCACGGGGCAGACCAAAGCUUGUGGACACCUGGGCGAUGCCAUGUCGAGCUCAGAUGCAGAGGAUGACUUUCAAGAGCCUGCCACUCCAACAGCAACCCAGGCAGAGCACUCCCUGUCCCUGCUUCCUCAGCAGUUCCCUGAAGUAGUUCCACUAAAUGUUGGAGGCACCCAUUUCAUGACCAGGCUGUCAACACUGAGACGUCAUGAAGACACCAUGUUGUCAGCCAUGUUCAGUGGCCGGCAUUACAUCCCAACAGAUGCGGAGGGCAGAUAUUUUAUUGACAGAGAUGGAACAUAUUUUGGUGAUGUACUUAAUUUUCUACGAUCUGGUGACUUGCCUCCAAGAGAACGAGUGAGGUCUGUUUACAAGGAAGCUCAGUAUUAUUCCAUAGGACCAUUGCUAGACAGUCUAGAAGAGCUCCAGCCCCUGAAAGGAGAGAAAGUCCGGCAGGCUUUCCUGGGUUUAAUGCCCUAUUACAAAGAGCAUCUAGAGCGAAUCAUUGAAAUAGCUAAGCUGCGGGCAAUGCAAAGGAAAGCUCGAUUUGCUAAGCUAAAGAUCUGCGUCUUCAAAGAAGAGAUGCCCAUCACACCCUACGAGUGCCCACUUUUCAAUUCCCUCCGUUUUGAGAGGAGUGAAGGGGAGGCCAAGCUUUUUGAGCACCAUUGUGAGGUGGAUGUGUCCUUUGGGCCAUGGGAAGCCGUGGCAGAUGUGUACGAUCUCCUCCAUUGCAUUGUGACGGACCUUUCCGACAGGGGCAUCACAGUGGACCAGCAAUGUAUUGGGGUGUGUGACAAACACUUGAUUAACCAUUACUACUGCAAGCGCCCAAUCUACGAAUUCAAGAUCACAUGGUGGUAGGCCCUUAGUGCAAGGAGCAUGAAAGAGAGCAGGCUGGUGUGUAACCUUCUUUGUGUAUUACCAGUCUGGGUUCUGUGAACUGUGGCAUUGCUGAUAUGUGUUGGAAUGUAUCUAUCUUGCAGGAGAAUUUGUCCUCCAAAGCUAGCUGUGGAGCUCACUGGAAUUUGCCCUAUGCUGCUUGCUUCAAAGAAGAAAAGUCCUCCUAAAUGGAAGCAUGUUAAUAUGGAUACUACAGAAUAGUCACGGCCAUAGAUAAGAAUGGAGGAUCAUGUUGCUUACACAGCUUGCAGAGGUGUUUAAAGGGCUCUUACACACAGCUGACCUCCAAUGUCCAACUGCCUCACUUGCUUUGCACUGCUUUGCAAAAAUGGAUCUGGGGUGAAAUAUUACAAAGGAUUCUUUCUGCAGAGACUCAGUUGGCUGUUGAUGUAGCCACCUGGUGGCAGAAGUAUAUAGCAGCACUUUAUUUUGUACAACUUCUGCUGUUCAUGAUUUUAUUGUUACAACCUUUAGAGCAAAAGAAUGAAUUAUCUCUGAAUACUGAGAUGAUUUUUUUUUGAAGAAAAUGGCUAAAAAAUUCCUUAAGUCUGUGUUUAAAAUUACUGUUUUAACUAUAAAUCUGUGCUGGGGUAUGUAUAGAUCUGUUGAAAAUUAUUUUAAUUCUAUCUUUCUGCUAAGGAAUGAUAAUUUCAUUUGUUGGAUGUGUCAUGGUUUCUUCAAGCUUUCUAGAUUGCAUUCUUCAAAAAAAAAAUGAUUACAAAAAUGAAUUGUGCCUGCUCUUUACACCAACAGCUUUACCUGUUUUUAAAUACAUGUUUCCUUGCGGAGAUGGGUCUGCAAUUUAUUUUCUGAAACUGAGCCAAUCACAGUAAUUUAUGUCCCAAUAUAAAGGUUAGGUGAAGAGGAGGGAUGAAAAAUAGUUCCGAUCUCCUGGUCCAAUAGUACUCAGUGUGCUUCUUCAACUGCUGAGCUAGUGUGAUCUGUUGAAUUUUUUAUUUAUUUGAUCAUAUUUAUAUACCGCCCUAUCUCCCGAAGGACUCAGGGCGGUUUACAGGCACUUAAAAACACAUAAAUACAAUAUAAAAGCAAUUAAAAAACUUAUUCUAUAAGCCCAGUAAUUUGAUUGAUUGCAUGGAUUCAGUUACUGCAGUUUGUAAACUACUGUUUUGGAUCAAUGUGUUGCACUAAUUCAGCCAAUCACAGUUUACUCAAAGGUGAUAGUUAAAAGUGUGGCUUAGCAGAAUGUAUAAUUUCAGUAAAGGUAAGAUAUAUUAGGUUGACCCAAAUUAAGAUGGAUGAACUAGCAACAUAUACUCACUUUCUUUUUGAUUGAAAUAAGAAAGUCUCAUAUUGUUCUUAUGGUAUUUGACUGGACCAAUAGUUGCCAUCCUUUUGGAGAUCUAUUAGACAACCUACUAACCGUUGGGUCAUCUUUUGAGAUAGUGCAGUCUGAUGUAACCAGAACGAACAGUCAAUUUCCCCAUCUGAUUUGUGUUCUUUUCCUUUUCUGAUAUUUGGCAUCAUCUCUUGACCAUAAUAUCCCCCCUCUCUUUCCGCAUGGCAGAAUUAGGCUGACCAUAUUUAUUUUAUCCCCGUGCUGUACGUCCCCACCACCACCACCAUCAUCAUCUCAAGAGUACAUGAUAUGACUGCAUGGAUGCUACAACAGCCAGAAAUUUGGAACUAAAACUGGCAAUGUGGUGGAAUCAUUGGUGGAAUUGGAGGGGCCCCUUCUAAGGGGAGUGAGUGACAUUUCAACUUAGAAUCUGGAGAAGGAAAUGUCUGAGGUCAAACCUUUAGGUCUGUAGUUGCUAUUUCCCAAGGGAAAGAAGAUAGUUUGGUGAGAUUCUUGUAAUAUAGAUGAUAACAAUAAACUACUUGAGCCUAUUCACAGGUGAUUCCAAUUGCUUUUGCCUGACAGGUAUAAACAAGGUAAAUUUCAGUUCCUCGGAGUAAUAGGGCCCACAUGUUUUACACACCCCUUAAUUUAGCAGAUUUGAGAUACCUUUAUUCAAAAAUUAUUCUGGUAUAAUGUGCCAUUUGGUCUAACUGAAGGGCACAAACAGGAGAAUUUUAGUAGUGUAUAGAAGACAGAUGGUGGACGGAUCCUUUCAGAGAACCAUGGUGGAGGAAAAUAUAGUGCCUGAACAAUUUUCAGAAAAAGAAAUAAUUAAAUAUUAGAAAAAUGUGCUUUUCUGUUUCUUGAAUUCUGAUGUUCAUCAAAUAUUUGAUGAGUCCCCAUCAAACUUAGGAUUCCCAUCAGGUUUUUCUUUCCUGACAUUUUUAUUGUUUGUUACUUUAAUAAUAAUAAUAAUAACAGAGUUGGAAGAGACCUUGGAGGUCUUCUAGUCCAACCCCCUGCCCAGGCAGGAAACCCUACACCAUUUCAGACAAAUGGUUAUCCAAUAUUUUCUUAAAAAUUUCCAGUGUUGGAGCAUUCACAACUUCUUCAGGCAAGUCGUUCCACUUAUUAAUUGUUCUAACUAUCAGGAAAUUUCUCCUUAGUUCUAAGUUACUUUGGGUGACUACCAGUUGCUAAUCGCAAGGGUUCCUAUGCAGUGUAUAGUUGUUGAGCACAGAGAUUGAAUAGGGUACCAGCAACAGCACAAAUAGCAAAUACAUAAGACCUGUGUGGCUUAUGGGUUAGCAUGCUAGCUGCCUAUCUUUUGCUUAGAGUCAGUUUGCUGGGAGAUUAAUGAUCUGAUGUACUGACCACCCAGAUAGUUGGUGCAACAACCCUAGAUAGCUGCUGGCCAAUGUAGAAAUCUAAAAUUUGUCAGGAAUCUUAGUAUACUUAUUAAAAUUACUGGUACCACAAUCAAUGCAGUGUUCAGAGAUGGGAUGCUGAACGUUGCUGAAUAAUUAGGAAUUAUUCAGAAAAAUGUGUUCCUCAGAAAUUAUUUAGGCUGCAAUCCUAAAAGCACAGAAUCAUCAGGGUAGAACAUUUACUUUUGAAAACACAGGGUUAUUAUUUUCCUACAACUAUGUUGAUUUGUGAAUUUAAAGCCUUUCCUCACUCUGUCCUUCAAUACUAAUAAAUUAACGUGCAUAAAAUAUAAUAUGGAUCUAAACGCUUUACAUAAAUAAUAUGUAAUCCUUAAUGUAUUACACCAAUUUUGUAAUUUCUGUUAUGAUUAUUCUUUAGACACUUAAAUCAUUUUAGCAGAUGCGUUUGUACCUUAAGAUCUUUUUGUGCAGUCCUAUAUAUAAAUACGGGUUUCAAUACAUGUGUAUAAAAUUGCAGCCCAAAAUGCCACCUGGAAGAAAAAAUGAGUGAAAUGUAAUUGGAAUGUGGAUUUUGCUCUUUUAUGUCAAAAUGGCAAACAAUGCUAAAAUAAAAUGUGAUUCCCUCCAAACUCAUGUGUAAACUGUAUUGAAAUAUGUUGUGUCAGUAUUGUGCAAUAAAUUAUCUCACUACCUAAUCUAAUUUGCAGUGAUCUUUUUACAUCUGACAAAGUGAUGAGCACAGAGCUGGAAUUAAAAUAAUCUGCCUGGUACUACAUUUUUUUAAAAGCCAACAUUCUUGGGACAGAAUUGUAAGAAUAAAGUCAUGCAUACAGUUAUGAUAAGAGCCAGUAAUAUUCUUGAUGUUCCCCAAAGCCAGAAGAAGGGCUUCAUGAAGUAAAUGUUUAAGCGAGCCAAAACAGAUAAUCCUUGGUUAAUGAGUAUUACCAGCAUCUCUGUCACUAUGUGAUGCGGUCAUAAAAUGUGAUAUAUGUGAUCGCGUUGACUUACAACAGCAGUUCUGGCAGUUGCAGUUAAGUGAAUCCUGCAUGGUUGUUAAGCAUAAUGUCAUGCAAUUGCCAUUUGUGACCUGCCAGCUUUCCCAUUGACUUUGUAUGAAACCAGCAGUGAAGGUCGCAAAUAGUAGUCACAUGACUGUGGGACACUGACCAUUGCAACUGUGAGCCAAGUUGCCAAGUGCGAUCAUGGAGACAUUGAUGACUGUAAUGUGGA